CGAAUCACGAAACGCAUAAAUAUUAGCGACAGCCAACGCCAGCACUGUUAUUCUUCCCGCGGUAGUUCACACAAGUAGUAUUACAGAAACACGAUCCCCCAUGAGAAAAUUGCGCUAUUUAAUGCUCGUCGGAGCAGCAGUGCUCGUGACUCAGCCCAGAGUCGCCAACGCCUUCAAUCUCCUUCGUCCGUCUUCCAGCAACUCGCAGGAGACGACCCAUUUCGGUAGUACGACGCGCAAGGACGGAAUCCACAUGGAAGAUUUGAAUCGCCAUCCAGGAGCAACUGUCCUGAUGCAGAAUAUCCAAACCACCACGGUGUUUCCCAUCAUCAAGCAGCAAGAGGACGACUAUUACGACGAUUAUUCAGAUGACGGCCCGGCCGAGUUUGUCGAUUUGGACGCCAUCAUUCAGCCAAUGUCGUUUGAUCGCACGCCCGUCACCGGACUCUUUAAACUGGCCAAUUCCAACGACUGGAUCGUCGUCGACCGUUAUUACAUGGACCAUUAUUACUUUGGGGACUUGGGAGAUGAUUUGACAGCCAAGGAACAUGUUUAACAAUCACCUGGAAGGUAAAAAAAAACAGUGUUGAUGGCGACCCUGACGGGAAUCACGACGACUGGAUAAAAUAAUAAUACCGCUGCAUUAUCAGAUGAUCGGUUUUUGUUUUUCUUAUUUACUAUAACUCUGAUGCCAUUUAGAAAUUUAGAAAAUAUUUAGCGCCGGGCCUGUUGGUUUUUCAAUGUCAUUUCAGACCAGUUGUAUAUACUCAGUAUCUCUGGACAAAGCCAAAAAUACACUCAUGUGCCGUAUAUGAUUUAUAACA